CAUUUUUCUACGUAAUCAGUGAACUGCGUUUUCAUUCGAAUGUCAAUUGUGUAUAAACAAACAUGAUUUUCAGCAAAAUAGAACUUAAACACUGGCGAAAUAACUGUUACAUGUAUAUCAUAUGAGGGGCGAGUUUGUGGAAAUAUAGAAGAAAAUGGAGGUUUCUGGUCGUAAGCCUGAAGGGUCAUCCAAGGACACUGUAAGCAAAUCGUCUGCUGAAGAUGGUGAAGUCUUUUGCCAGCCAUGUAGCAGUGACGGAGACUGGACGGUUGCCACGGGAUACUGCGAAAACUGCAACGAGUACUUGUGUGCUACGUGUUUGAAGCUUCAUCGUAGACAAGCUGUAUCCAGAAAUCAUAAAGUACUUGAAGGUGAAAACAUGCCAAAGGAUCGUAAUUCAUUUUUGACACUUAAUGCUUGCUCUGAGUUGUGUGCCAAACAUACAAAUGAGAUAAUGAAAUUCUAUUGCUCAGCCCAUGAUUUGGUGGGAUGUGGGGAUUGCAUGGUUCUGGAUCAUAAAUCGUGUAAAGUGGAUCGUAUACAAGAUAUAUCAAUAAGCUAUUUCAAUGGCGCUGAACAUAAAGAACUCCAACAAAAGGUAGACCGGUUCCUACAGAACAUAGAACAAGUAAAGAGACAGAUACAGACUAAUGACAAAAACAUUCAACAAAGAUAUAUCAAAGCAGAAAAUGAUAUAAAAGCAUUCAAGAAAGAAAUACUGGAGUAUCUAGAUAAGGCAGAGGCGGACAUGAUCACGGAAUGGAACAAAAGGAAAAGGAGUGACGAAAAGCUGAUAUCAGAUCUGAAAGAACAUGAAAAGGCCAUGAGAGGUAAUAUCAAAGAGUUGCAUGAGAAACUACAAUUACAGUUAAAUAAUGCAAACGAAUUAUUUGUCACAGCAAAAGACAUGAAGGAAAGAAUCACGCGAAUAGGUGACAGCAUAAAGCAGUUGCGACAAGACUGUCAGUUCAAGCAGUAUGAGUUUGUUUGUUCUGAACAUGUCAAAGAAAUGGUUGCAUCUCAGUUUAAGUUAGGUGAACUUCCGGUAAAGGGGCCAGUCACAGGACCGAUAAUGGAAAAUAAGACUUCGGUGGAUAAGAAACAUAUUACAGAAAUGGAACCGCAGUUUGAUAGUGAAAUUGAAAUAAAGGCAUCAGAUGACACGGAAGAUUGCGCAAUUAAUGCAUGUGCUCUGAUUUCGUACAAUCGAAUAAUACUAACAGAUCGUAGUAACAAAUGCUUGAAAAGUGUUGAUAUAGAAAACAGAAUUAUUGCAGAAAAAUUCAAAUUUAAAAGCGGGCCGAGUGGACUGGCAGUAAUUACUAAGAAUCGUAUUGCUGUGACACUUCUUACAGAACAGAAAAUACAGUUUCUGACACUAACUCAGUGUGACAAAAUCACUGAAAGCAACGCCAUAGAAGUUAAAGGCGCGUUUAACAGAAUUUCUUGCCAGGAAGAUAUGAUAUUGGUUUUAUACCGUGAUCACGUUGAAAUUCUGGAUAAUGAUGGGCAAUUAAUAAAAGCUGUAUCGAAUUCGAAUAUGGAAUGGCUGAUGGACAUUGCUCUUGACUCUAAAUCUCUUUAUGUAUCUGAUAAUUCAUACAGAGGAACGAGUGUCUUCAGAUUUGAUUUUGAAGGCAAUCUUAUUGCAACAUACAAGACUAAGGAUCUCUCAAAUGUUAGCGGACUAUGUGUAACAAGAGAUGGUACAGUUCUUGUAUGUAACUGGGAAGAUAAUGGAAGUAUUCAUAUGAUUUCACCAGAGUGCAAGAAGCUAAAAAUAAUUUUGAAGCAAAAUGAUCGUGUUAGAUAUCCAUGGUGCGUUUCAUUCUGCGAUGAAACAAACAGACUUUUUCUUUGUAACAUUGAAAAAGAACUUGAUCCAAAACUAAAGAACGUUAUGAACAUAUUUCAAUUUAAAUAAUAACAGAACUAAUAUAGCAAGUUCAGAUUAGAAACAAAAGUUUGAUUUUCAGCUGAAAUAGCCACAAAUUAUAAAAAGUUAUAUCAUUCAAUGAUUCUCCAUAAAUAGAUUGUGAUGAUUAUGGGAAACGAUGUGACGUUGGCGUGAUUAAAAACGUUUAUACUAGGUUUCCUAUAUCGCAAUCUACCGGUGUACUUUCGGUGUCUCCACCGUUCAGAAAUAACUGGAUUUCAGUAUAACUUGUUAUAAACUCGUUUUAAAAACGUCUAUUUUGGAAAUGGAUUAAGUCCAUAAUGAGUUUAAUUAAAAUGCGCAAAAUAUUUUGAACAGUAAGGCAAAUUUAAGAAAAUUGUGGAAAUCUACCUUUACUGUAAAUGCAUGCUAUUGGUUCUGAAAUCGCAUGGAUUUAGCAGGAGCUUCACUUGCACAUCGGACUAAGGUAAUGUUUCAAGAGACAAAAACACACCAAAUUAGUUUUUGAUUAAUGAUAAAUGGUUAUCAAAAUACUAGUAUUUGUAUUCAAGUUGCAAGAAUGAAAUAUUUGCCAUAAAUGAAUGUUGCGUUUGCAUUUUUCUGGAGCGUAAAUUGUUGAAUAGGAAGUAUUAUAAGUAUAUCACAACCUUAGUAUGUAUACAUAUACACGUUCAAAAGUGAUUACUUUUUUUUAUUUUUGCGGUACCUUUAAGUGAGUUUGCAUGAUAUAAGUUUUUUAGAGCACUGUUUGUCAGAAGAGGAUUAUAACGUUUGUUCAAGUUAUACCGAUUGUCAAAAACAUGGUAAUCAGAGCUAAAAUUAGAAAAAUCUUAUAAGGUAAUUUUAUCUUAGAAUAGCUGAGAAGCUAUGGUAAAUUGUUCUUUGUUAUAGCCAUAUAGCUGCUAACACGAUUAUUUUUUAUCUGUCCCGCAGGGAAAGUAUACAUUUGUUCGAUUACUUGCCGGAAAUAAAUAUUCCUGUCAUUUAUUAAGGAAAAUAUAUAGUCUAAACUGGCGUGCUCUUAAUUGACGUUAUAUAGUACUAGCAUCAUUAUGACGUCAUAAUCCAUAUAGCUAAUGUCAGGAAAUAUCCAAAUCUUUUUGUCACCAUCAGCUAUUUUAAACGAUUAAUUGACCUUACGUAUCUGUCUGUGAAUGACAGCGGUGUUCCUAACCAUCGGGACAGCAAGGAUAGCCUCGUUAACUUGAUGUGUCAUUCCACAUUGUUCCACGGGAAGGUAGAUUCCAGUCACACACAGUCACCUUAUAAUCUAAUAUAAAAUUUUCUUUUGGCUAGCUCUCCUGAAGAAUCGUGCUCCAAACAAAUGUGCCGAAUGCCUAUAAUCGACCUAAUGUAUACUUUCCUGUUUGUUUGUUCUUAAGCUUAUUUAUAGCCGCCAUCGGAAACCCAUAUGAACUCCUCUAGAAGACUGUUAAUAAACUUUGUUGAAGGAUUAAGUAAAAUACAGAAUACUAAAAAAUUCCAGAAGCUUUUUUUUUGUUCUUUAGCGUGCUAUGUGUAAAGCACCCAUACACUGCAUUCUUAUCCAUAAGUAAGUUAAUUAUUUUGGAGGAGCGGGAAUUCGAACUCACGACUCCUGGUUUGUAGUUAGACAGUGUUACGACUGGACCACUCCGUCUGCUGUAAUAAAUUAUCCUGUUUUU